CGGUCCGCAAGGGGGCGUGCGUUGCGAAGGUUACGCGGCGGAGCGACAAUUUCUAUUUUCGGACCAAAACUCUGCUAUGAUUAAGGCGCAAUAUGUAACGUUUGUGUGUAUACUCAUGUUGAGCGCUAUGCUGGAAACCGCCUCUAUAACAAAAAGGAGCUAUUCGGAUCGCUCCGUCAAAGGAUACAUCACAGAGAGGACAUGUUGGUGGAACGAAGUAUGUAAAGAGGAAUUCCAAACGUUGUUCAGGUGUAAAUGUCCGUCGUGGUCGUACUGCCGGAGUCCAGGCCGCUACUACAACGCGGUCUGCUCCAUGACAGAGACCGGGUACAUCUGGGACCAGCCCAACUCCGAGUGGCGAGGACAGUAACGAGGAUCAACUCAUAACAUGGAAACACCCCGCCUUCGCAGCCCACUUACUUAUUAUUUAACAAACUGCUCAAACUGUUGCAAAAAUUAUGUAUACAGCACUCCCCGAGCGUACCAAAUUCUAACAACGAUUUCUAUUUGAGACUGAUUUAGCAAAAUGAAAUCAAAUUUCGUCUUCUAUUUUCAUAUUUAGCCUAAGAGACCCCUAAUUUCGUUUACUUCCACGAAAUCGCAGUAAAACCUCGUGAUAUCUAUGUUUGUCUCGACCAAUUUUGUUGUUAAUAUUAUUGUUGAUCGUAAAAAUAAAUGUAUGUUUAUUUA